AUGAAAAAAAAAUCGAUAAAAUGCACAACUUGUGAAGCAAAAUAUAAGUUAACAUUAGAAAGUAUCAAUCAAUUUGUUACAGUUGAUUUUCAGUAUCAAUUAGAAUCUCUUUUACAUGAAAAAGAAAUUCAAGAAGAUUUAUUGAAAACCUUCACUAAGCUCGAUGAACGUGAAAAUGAUGGUAUUAUCAAUGAUAUUUACGAUUCCAAGUUAUAUAAAGACAUUCAACAAUUGUCACCCCAAACAUUAACAUUUAAUCUCAAUACUGAUGGCGCACCGGCAUUUAACAGCUCUAAUCGAAGCUUCUGGCCGAUACAAUUAAUUUUGAACGAACUUUCACCGCAAAUUCGUAAGCAAAAUGUAAUUCUUGCUGGUAUGAUGUUAACUUCAACAGAGCCAAGUCCGCAAUUGAUGAACAGUUAUUUAUCUAAGUUCCUCGAUGACGCUGAAAAAUUAAUGACGAAUGGAUUAAAUAUCACUAUGCAUGAUUCAAAUUUACAGAGGAAUUUUAAAGUUCAUUGUCAUCUCGUAUGCGUAGAUUCAGUGGCUAGACCGGUUCUACAGUAUCGGUAUCAGUUUAAUGGGUAUUAUGGUUGUAGUUGGUGUUAUGCACAUGGAGAAUACUUCAACUCAGCUAUGCGUUACCCCAUCACUGUAAAUGAUCCGGCUUUACGGACGCACAAUGAUUUCAUUCGUGAUGUAGAAAAUGUUGAAGAACUGGGUCGUCCUGUUAAUGGCGUAAAAGGACGUCCUGAGCUACUACGAUUAAAACAUAUAGACUGUAUAUGGAGUUUCCCAGUAGAUUACAUGCAUGGCGUUUUGUUAGGAGUUACUCGUCAGUUAUGGUCCAUUUGGACUACACCUAAAACUCCCUAUUAUUUGAAACGUAAAAAUCGUAAGGAAAUUGAAAAACGGUAUCUUUGCAUAAAACGGCCUCAUGAAAUUCACAGAUUA